UCACUGGGUUUAUUGAUGUGGAUCCUUUUGUACCCCUCAGGUGCUGGCAAGUCCCUGGUUGGAGUGACAGCAGCCUGCACUGUGCGGAAGAGAUGCCUCGUCCUCUGUACCUCUGCUGUGUCAGUGGAGCAGUGGAAGUCACAGUUCAAAAUGUGGUCAACCAUUGACGAUAGCCAAAUCUGCCGCUUCACCUCCGACGCCAAGGACAAGCCGAUUGGCUGCUCGAUCGCCAUCAGCACGUACUCAAUGUUGGGGCACACGACCAAACGUUCCUGGGAAGCAGAGCGAGUGAUGGAGUGGAUGAAAAGUCAGGAAUGGGGUUUGAUGCUGCUUGAUGAGGUGCACACAAUUCCAGCAAAAAUGUUCCGUCGUGUCCUGACCAUUGUGCAAGCUCACUGCAAACUGGGCCUGACAGCCACGUUGGUCCGAGAAGACGACAAAAUUGUCGACCUGAAUUUCCUCAUUGGACCAAAACUGUUUGAAGCCAACUGGAUGGAGCUGCAGAACAGUGGUUAUAUUGCCAAGGUGCAGUGUGCUGAGGUCUGGUGCCCAAUGUCACCCGAGUUUUACAGAGAGUAUGUCGCCAUUAAGACAAAGAAACGGAUGCUGCUUUACGUGAUGAACCCCAACAAGUUCAGAGCUUGUCAGUUCUUGAUUCGCUUCCACGAGCGAAGGAAUGACAAGAUCAUUGUGUUUGCAGACAAUGUAUUCGCACUGAAAGAGUACGCAAUCAAACUGAACAAACCUUACAUUUACGGUCCAACAUCACAGGGAGAGAGGAUGCAGAUUCUGCAGAACUUCACUCACAACCCGAAGAUAAACACCAUCUUUAUCUCAAAGGUGGGUGAUACCUCAUUUGAUCUCCCUGAAGCUAAUGUGCUGAUACAGAUAUCAUCGCACGGAGGGUCCAGGCGGCAGGAGGCCCAGCGACUGGGCAGAGUACUGCGGGCAAAGAAAGGGAUGGUGGCUGAGGAAUACAAUGCGUUCUUCUACUCCUUGGUUUCUCAGGAUACACAGGAGAUGGCCUACUCUGCAAAGAGACAGAGGUUCCUGGUGGACCAGGGCUACAGUUUUAAGGUGAUUACUAAACUGGCAGGAUUGGAGGAGGAGGAUCUGGCCUUUGCUACCAAGGAUGAGCAGCAGCAGCUUCUGCAGAAAGUACUAGCAGCCUCGGACCUCGAUGCGGAGGAGGAGGUUGUGCUCGGAGAGUUUGGCUCAAAGGGACAGGUCUCACGGAGAAUGGGUACAAUGAGCUCCAUGUCAGGGGCUGAUGACACCAUUUACUUGGAAUAUCAUCGGACCAAGAGUUUUGGCAAGAACAUCCAUCCUCUCUUCAAACGUUUCAGGAAAUGAGUUGCUGCUGUUUCAUUCCGUGGGAAGCCAGCUGUGCAGGGUAAUGGGGAGCACAUGGACUGGCCUACAUUUCAUAACCAGGAGCCAAAUCCGCUCAGGGAGGUUUUUUUUGGGGGUAUUUAUUAUGAUGCCUGGAGAGUCAUUUGAAUUAUUAAAUUGUCUUUUUUUUCUAAAUA